AUGGGGAGGCGAGUAGAAAGAGGAGGAUGGGGAGGCGGAGUAGAAAGAGGAGGAUGGGGAGGCGGAGUAGAAAGAGGAGGAUGGGGAGGCGGAGUAGAAAGAGGAGGAUGGGGAGGCGGAGUAGAAAGAGGAGGAUGGGGAGGCGGAGUAGAAAGAGGAGGAUGGGGAGGCGGAGUAGAAAGAGGAGGAUGGGGAGGCGGAGUAGAAAGAGGAGGAUGGGGAGGCGGAGUAGAAAGAGGAGGAUGGGGAGGCGGAGUAGAAAGAGGAGGAUGGGGAGGCGGAGUAGAAAGAGGAGGAUGGGGAGGCGGAGUAGAAAGAGGAGGAUGGGGAGGCGGAGUAGAAAGAGGAGGAUGGGGAGGCGGAGUAGAAAGAGGAGGAUGGGGAGGCGGAGUAGAAAGAGGAGGAUGGGGAGGCGGAGUAGAAAGAGGAGGAUGGGGAGGCGGAGUAGAAAGAGGAGGAUGGGGAGGCGGAGUAGAAAGAGGAGGAUGGGGAGGCGGAGUAGAAAGAGGAGGAUGGGGAGGCGGAGUAGAAAGAGGAGGAUGGGGAGGCGGAGUAGAAAGAGGAGGAUGGGGAGGCGGAGUAGAAAGAGGAGGAUGGGGAGGCGGAGUAGAAAGAGGAGGAUGGGGAGGCGGAGUAGAAAGAGGAGGAUGGGGAGGCGGAGUAGAAAGAGGAGGAUGGGGAGGCGGAGUAGAAAGAGGAGGAUGGGGAGGCGGAGUAGAAAGAAGAGGAUGGGGAGGCGGAGUAGAAAGAGGAGGAUGGGGAGGCGGAGUAGAAAGAGGAGGAUGGGGAGGCGGAGUAGAAAGAGGAGGAUGGGGAGGCGGAGUAGAAAGAGGAGGAUGGGGAGGCGGAGUAGAAAGAGGAGGAUGGGGAGGCGGAGUAGAAAGAGGAGGAUGGGGAGGCGGAGUAGAAAGAGGAGGAUGGGGAGGCGGAGUAGAAAGAGGAGGAUGGGGAGGCGGAGUAGAAAGAGGAGGAUGGGGAGGCGGAGUAGAAAGAGGAGGAUGGGGAGGCGGAGUAGAAAGAGGAGGAUGGGUAGGCGGAGUAGAAAGAGGAGGAUGGGUAGGCGGAGUAGAAAGAGGAGGAUGGGGAGGCGGAGUAGAAAGAGGAGGAUGGGGAGGCGGAGUAGAAAGAGGAGGAGGAGGAGGAGGAGGAGGAGGCAGAGUAGAAAGAGGAGGAGGAGGAGGAGGAGGAGGAGGAGGCGGAGUAGAAAGAGGAGGAGGAGGAGGAGGAGGAGGAGGCGGAGUAGAAAGAGGAGGAGGAGGAGGAGGAGGAGGCGGAGGCGGAGGCAGAGGAGGCGAGAAGGAAACGGAGGUGGACGAGAAAAAGGAGAAGCAGAAGUAG